AUGGCUUCAGAGCUGUGGACGCUCGCCGUCGUCCUUCUAUCGCCCAUCGUCCUGCGCAGGGGUUUCGCGUACGUCAACCGCCCCGCCAACCAACAGGCCAAGGAUGCUAGCAACGUAGACCAAGCCAACGACAUGUCCGCCAUGCGACGCCCCUCAGCUUGGAGCUCGCCCUUUCAGCUCCUCCUCACCCUCCUCACCGCGGCCGUCGUCCUCACCAGCGUCCGCAACCUCGUCCCCGUGCGGUACGGCUUCGAGCUCCUCGUUUCGGAGCACCUCAUAGAGACGCUGCAGCGUGCCUUCUUGGCCCUCUACGCCUCGCCCACCACGGUGGCCAACACCGCCACUGCCGUCGAGCCCCUCCGCAUCGAGCUACGCGGCGGCUACGCCUCCGACAUCUUCCUCGCCCUCAGAUCGCCCAUCACCAUCCCCACGGCAACCCUGCGCUCCCUCCUCGCCUCGACUCCCUCUCUGCUUGGCCUCGGCUUCCAGGGCACCGAGGCCGAUCUCCAGUCCCUGGUCGCCCGGCUCUCGAGCUACGAUGGACGCAAGCUCUACCUCCUCGUCGGAGCCACGCCCCUCACCCAGUGCGUCUUCUGCCACAGCAGCACCGACUACUUCUACUUUGCCCUGCCCGGCCUCGUCGCCCAGUAUGCCUGGCGCCUCCUCGCCAUCGGCUUCAUCACUUCGAGCCCCUCGGAUCCGCUGGGUCUCCUCGUCAACCGCAUCGGCCGCCUUCUAUCGCUCCGUUCUUCGAGCGCGACGUCGCUCCCCGCGCACCAGCAAAGGCCGCAAGAGCUCGACCGCAAGCGCUGGAGAGGCUACGCAACUGCGACGCUGCUCGGCAUGCUGGCCAUCGAGGCCCUCGUCCUGUCCGAGCUGGGCGAAGUGCGUGCCGGCCAAGGCAGAUGGAACCACUGGCACGCCAACCUCCACCUCGCGAGGCAGCUCCUCUUCAUCGUCCUCUUCGCCGGCGUCUACUUCUUCCCCCUCCACCCCAAGCCAUCCGCCUUUGAGCGGACUGCCGCGACGAUGCGGGCCACCCACGCCAGGCUGGAAAAGACGCUGCACAAUAUCGAGGUGGCCCGGAUCACCCGCGAGGUCGUCUGGCGCGAUCCGGGCAUGGUACGCAAGGUCGCCGACUGGCACGCGCAGCAGGAGAGCGAAGACACGCGCCCCGACUGCGACGCCAUGGUCGCCUUCGCCCGCAAGGUCGGCAUCGAUGUCAAAAGCAUGGCCGACGCCUGUGGCGAGAUCGCAAAUACUGCGUUUCAGGAGGCGGAGGGCUUCAACAGAGAGCUCGACCAACGCGACCUGGCCGAGCAGCUCGAGCGAUCUGACAAGCAGAGCCAGUCAAUCCCGCCGCCGGCUUCGUCAAGCGCGGAAGCCCGACAGGCAGACGCUGAACCUGGCCCAGCGAUUCGGGCCACAGAGACGAGCGGUGACCCGCCGGUCAACUCGCCGAAGGCGGACGCGGAGGCCGCUACAUAG